CUCGGAUCCCCCGCACUCCCGGAAGAGAAUGUCCACCGCUCCUGCGGGAGAGGAAGGCGAGUUUUGCAGCCAUGCUCCGCAGAGUGGCCCGGACCGUGGUCCCAGGGCUCAAGGUGCCCUGGGCGCGGUGGUCUAGGAACUGGGCGGGGGUCCCAGACCAGGUGGUAGACCUGCGCAGCGACACGGUGACCCGGCCAGGGCCGGCCAUGAGGCGCGCCAUGGCCGAGGCGGUCGUGGGAGACGACGAUUACGGCGAAGACCCUACGGUCCUCGAACUGCAGGAGAAGGCUGCAAAGCUGCUUGGGGUGGAGCAGACCCUGUUUGUGCCAACCAACACCAUGGCCAACCUCAUCUCUGUGAUGGGUCACUGCCGGCGCCGGGGUUCCCAGGUCCUCCUUGGGCAGGAAUGCCACCUCCACAUCUAUGAGCAGGGCGGGGUGGCUCAGAUCGCCGGGGUGCAUUCCCAGCCCCUCCCAGACAUGCCCCAUGGCACCUUGGACCUGAACGAGCUGGAGAGGGCACUCUCUCGGGGUUUCAGGAACUCCUACCAUCCUGUCUGUGAGCUUGUGUGUCUGGAGAACACACACAGCAGCGCAGGGGGCCGGGUCCUUCCCAUCCACUACCUCCGCCAGGUGCGCCUCCUGGCCCACGCCUACGGAGCACGGGUCCACCUGGAUGGGGCGCGGCUGAUGAAUGCAGCUGUGGCUCUGCGUGUGCCUCCCGCCCACCUCGUGGAGCACUGUGACUCCGUAUCCUUCUGCUUCUCUAAGGGUCUUGGUGCACCAGUCGGGGCGCUGGUCGGUGGAGCCAAAGGCUUCAUUGAGGAAGCCUGGCGCCUCCGCAAAGCCCUGGGUGGAGGCAUGCGCCAGGCUGGAGUACUGGCUGCGGCUGCCAUGGUGGGACUGGCUGAGGCAGAGGAGGUGCUGCCAAGAGAUCAUGAGAAUGCCCGGAGAUUCGCUAAAGGACUCCGGGACCUGGCAUCACCCAUUUGCUCCGUGGAUCCCGACACUGUGGAGACCAACAUGGUGCUGGUGCAGGUGGCGGGGCGGCCUCCUGCAGAACUGUGCCAGCGCCUACAGGCUGUGAGCGCCGAGGAGGUGGCUCAGACUGGCCGCGCUGUGAGCGUGCUGCUCUUUCCCUGGACAGAACACUCCGUGCGGGCCGUGUGGCACCGGGAUGUGUCUGCUCAGGACACGGAACUGGCGCUGAGGAAAUGGGAAUUUGUGCUGAGGCAGUUGAGGCCCUGAGAUCAGGGGACCAGGAGCCCUGUGCCCUGGCUAGGAUUGAAGUGUAGAGUAAGCUGGUCCAAGCCAUUAGCCUAGUGGAGGCCCGCCCUUCUGGGGGAUGACGACACCAUUCCGGCCUCUGAAUUCCUCCACUGACACUCAUGUGAUGGCCUCAUUCAAUCAGGAACAACCAGGCACGGGCUGGGAUAAGAAGGGGCUGAAUAUCAAGAGAAGGGAAUGAAUUCAGGAAGCAGACCUGGGGCUGGGACGUGCAGCGUGACUGCCUGGUGUGUGUAAGCCCCGGGUCUAGUCCCAGCACUGUAUAAACAGGUGUGUUGACUCACACCUGUAAUCUUAGCAAGCUGAGAAAUUAGAAGUUCAAGGUUGGGCUGGAGAGAUGGCUCAGGGGUUGAGAGCACUGGCUGCUCUUCCAGAGUUCGAUUCCCAGCAACCACAUGGUGGCUCACCACCAUUUGUAAUGAGAUCUGGUGCCCUCUUCUGGCCUGCAGCCAUACAUGCAGGCAGAGCACUGUAUAGAUAAUAAAUAUUUUUUUUUAAAAAGUUCAGUCAUUCUCAGAUACAGAGUUUGAUUCAACCCUGGGCUACAUGAGACCCUAUCUGCAAACAAACAGAUCCUGUGUGACUGGCAUAGUUAUUAGAGAUGGACUGUAAAAUAAUAAUGUGGGAUUUCCUUCUGUGUGCUGUGAUUACCAUUAAUGAAUAAACUGCUUUGGGCCUGUUGAUAGAGCAGAACUUAGAUAGGCGGGGAAAACUAAAUGGAAUGCUGGGAGGAAGAAGGCGGAGUCAGGGAGCCGCCAUGGAGCAGCCAGAGUCAGACAUGCCAAAACUGCUGAUAAGCCACUGCCACGUGGUGAUACACAGAUUAAUAGAAAUGGGUUAAAUGAAGAGGUAAGAGUUAGCCAGUAAGAAGCUAGAGCUAAUGGGCCAAGCAGUGUUAUAAUUAAUAUAGUUUCUGUGUGGUUAUUUUGGUUCUGGGCAGCCAGGAUGAACAAGUGACCCUUCCCCCAAUAAAGUAUUGAAGGAGCUGUAUUUGUACUUUUAU